CAUGAACUCGAAGAAUGAGGAUGGGGGCUAUGAGAGGUGCUCAUGAGCUUACGAGUAUUGCAGUCUAACAGCUGCACCGCAUCUCUUCUCAAUUUUAGAACUGAAACAAUACAUUUUUUCGUCAAUUUGCUCUAGGACUUGGAAUCGAUGACUGAAGGUCAAUCGUUUGGGUAAUAAUAAUACGUCUAGAAUUAAUAAAUUUCAAUAUAUAUGCGAGAUAUCAUGGUAACUGAACAUAAACGGAGAUAAAAAAUUAUGUGUGCCACAUAUUCAUCUCCUUCAGAAAAUAUUUAUUUUUGGAAAAUUGUAUUGCUCCGAUGUAAUCAGUUAGGUUUAAAAGACGAUGAUCAUAUUACGCUAGAAGAUGAGUAUUUUGUACGUAACCCUGAAUGAACUCUAUUAAUAAUUAUUAUGUUUUUCUGAGGUUCCGAUUGUCUUGAGGGAUUUAAUGCUCAUAAUUAUUGCCGGAGUUCACUCGAUGUUAUGAAUAACAUGAUGAUGGCCUAGAGCCAUAGAAUUCACUUAAUUCAACCGUAACCAGAAUUGUCAGGGAGUUGCUCCAUUUCAGAAAUAAAGGAUUGAAAAAAUAAAUAUUUCCCUGAAACGGGCCUAAACCUCAACGCAGCCGCUAGUACGUGAUAUGUUUAGCGGAGGAAGAGAUUUAAACAUGAACUCUUAACUGCUGGUCCUAUCAAUAAUUCUUGGUGAAAGUCAUUUUUCCAUCAGUAUUUUUAAAUUAAUUUCGAUCAAGCUGAUGUUCAUUUUGCUGUGGAUCAGUUGAAUUGAUACGAGUUUCCAGAAAUGGCUGACGGUGGCAAAUUUUGGAACCACCCCUAUUACAAAAUGAUGAAAGACGUGACGACUUUUAUGGGUCAAUGGCCUUAUCAAUCCAUGAGAAGACACAUUACAAUGGCUAUUAUUACAUUUUCUAUUCUCAGCAUGAUGCUGACAGUACAGAUAUCAGCGUUUUGGGUAAAUCGGCACAAUAUGGAGGUGGUUUUGGAUUGCAGCGUUCCUUUCGUCACAGAUUUAGUAUUGGUGACCAAAUACGCGAAUAAUUGUUAUCAUUAUAAUGUGAUGAUUGAGCUUUUUGAAAAAAUAAAAUGUAACUGGACUGUUCUCCCGAAAAAUAAUGGACUCCAUAUUCUCCAUGAUUACAGCGCUUUUGGACGGAAAUUUGUGAAGAUAUAUAUGAUGGCCAUGUGGUUUAGUUGUGUGAGUUACAUAACUGAACCAUUACAGGAGAGAUUGACGGUUCAUCUUCUGUAUCCUAACGUCACAUUACCAAAGCGAUUUUCUAUGCCUUUUGAAUUCGGCCCCAUCAAUGUGGACACAUGGUAUUAUCAGCUCUGGUGUGCAACAUCAUUUGGUAUUUUGACACGUUUGACAGUCAUUGGUUCGACUGACCUAAUAAUGUUCACAUUUUCUGAGCAUGCAAAUGGGUUACUCAAGGGAUUGGGAUAUGCAAUUGACCAUCUCCCACCACGUGAUGAUUCUACAAACGAUGACGAAUGUUAUGAGUACAUGAAACGUUGUGCAAUGAUUCACGGUCGGGCAAUAGAGUUUGCAGAAAAUGUCAGAGAUAUUUACCUCUGGUCUUUCCUCGGCAUCGUUGGCCUUAACAUGAUCUUAAUCAGUAUAACUGGUGUACAGAUAGUGAACAGUAUGGAUAAUUGGAAAAAAAUGGCGAAAUUCGUUGUUAAUCUCAUAACUCAGAUUAUACAUCUAUUUGCCGAUUGCUUCGUAGGUCAACGAGUGAUGGACGCCAGCUCGGAUUUGAAGGAAACUAUAACAAACGCAAAGUGGUACAACGCGUCGUUAAGGACCCAGAAAUUGAUACCGCUGAUGCUCCUUAGAGCCCAACAUCCGGUUGUGUUGACUGCUGGCAAAGUGGUUGUUAUGGGCAUGAAUACUUUUGCGACGGUGCUGAAAACAGCGGCAUCUUAUGUCACGGUUUUCUUAGCAAUGCAAUAGGACUCCCCUGUUAUUGUUAUUCUUUUUCUGCAACACUAUUGUGUUGGAUAAAAUGGUAAAUAUUCAAGUCAUAGAAUAACUAUGGAAUUGAUUAGAUGCCUAUUACAUUAAAAAAUUCAAGACUUGAUUAAGGGGUUAUUCUCAUGUGAACGCCUAUAUUUGACCACUUUUUCGGAAUUUUUUUUUUAUGCGACAACAAACUUCAAUCAUGUUGAUUUUUUAAUAUAUUUUUAUUUGCAUUUUGAAAUAUACGAAAAAAUUAUUUUUUUUCGUUUUUUACAUUUUUAACAUAUAUUUUUUUUAAGUCAAAGUAGUCCCCAAUAAAAAAAGGUAGUUCACUGGUCAAGGUGAUAACGGCUGUUCAUGUUGUCUGACAUAAAAAAAUCGAAUAGAUUAUUAUUCAGUAGAUCUGUGGCUAUCGUCCCUACCAAAUAUAAUCAAUUUCAUUAAAAACAAAAAAAAAUAUCGAACUUCAAAAAAAAAAUCACGAAAAUCUCCUUCUUUUUCGUUACAAAUCGUUUAAAAAAAAUAUGAAGAUAUUGUCGAAAAUAAACAAUUGUGGUAGGGACGAUAACUAUAAAUGAGUAGAAGAACAUAUGUAAAUUUUAAAGCAAUCGGUUGAAUAUUUUUUCUUGUAGGACCUUGACCGUUUCAGAAAAUGAUGAUUCGAGAAAAAAGCGUUUAAAGUUGAAAGCCUGGUAGACAAUCGCUUACGAUACGUCGGCGACUAUGAGCUGUAACUUAUCAAAUACUAUGAAUUUCGGUCUGAAUUUUUCACAGCAUGUUUUCAAUAGGUUUUACUGUCAAAAUAUAAAAAAAAAAAUCGAUUUUUUGAUGUGCUCACAUGAGAAUAACCCCUUAAGAUGUUGCAAUGUCCUGAACUUUCCAUCUACCUUUAGUCACUUGAUUACCGUGCAAUUAUCGGCCAUUAUUUUACUUGAAAUGUCAAAGGUCUUGUUUCAGUAAUUCAAUAGAAUACUGAGGUAUUAACAAAAUUUCAAUCCGUAAUAUUUAAAUCAUUUAUUUAUACAAUUAUCGAAUAUGUAAAAAGUAAUAGCAUGCCUUUAUUUUGGACGAAGUCAGCAAUGUUUCGGGACCUUAAUUGUUCAAAGCCAAUGGAAUUUAUUAUACGUCUUCUACACGGAGAGAAAUAUCCUGUCAAAAUUACGUAGAAGGUACACCAUUCGCAAGCGAGAAUACAGAACAGAUCGAAGUUAUAGAGGGUGCAGUGCAAAAAGCAAAACUUUUACGAAUCAUUCCGUACUUUUUUUAAGUGAAACUUCUUUGCGCUCGUUGGGCUGUAAUUCCAAUGUCGUAUGUAACAAAAAAGCGACAGGAAAAGGCAGGGGAUAGCGCGCGUGG